AUGAUGCAAAAACUCUUCUUCGUCUGCUGCCUCGCCGGUCUUGCUCUUGCUGGCCCAGGAUGGGGCGGCAAAGGCAGGGGAGGUGGCGGCAAGCACGGAGGUCGUGGUGGACGUGGAGGCCCAAUGCUCCCCUUCCUCCGCAACGUUACCGAAGAGCAGAGAACCUCUUUCUUCGCCAUCGUCCGCAACGACAACCUCACCAAGGCUGACGUCAAGACUCAAACCGAGCAGUGGGCCGCCAAUAUUGGAGGAGAGACCCAGACCAUCUUCACCGAGUUCGAAGCCAACAUGACCAAGUGGAGAGAGGAGGCCGUCCAAAACCGCACCAACAUUCUGAACGAGCUCCCAGCUCAGCUGCAGAAGAUUCAGGCCAUCCAGGACGACCAGACCCUCACCCGUUCCCAGGAGAGGCAACAGAUUCAGGCCGUCUACCAGAACAUCACGGACUUUGGAUUGAUGCGCGCCGUCAAGUUCUUCUCUGGCUUCGGCAUGAAGCCCCAUGGACCCCACGGUGGACCCAAGGGAUUUAAGAUGAUGGGCAAGAAGGGAGGCCCAAUGAUGAACGGAUCUCAGGAAAACGACGACAUGGACAUGGAUUCCACCAACUCUGGAUUC